GUGUGUAUAGUAACCCCACCUUCAUCACUACCCAUUACCUCAUUCCAAUAAUCUCUCUCUCUCUCUCUCUCUCUCUCUCUCUCUCUCACUCUCUGUUUGUUUGUUUUGUGCAAAUCAGAAGAAGAAGAAGAAAGAAAAAGAAAAAUGGCAGACGAACGAACAACAAAUUGCAUCGAUAUCCUCCUCGCUAUUCUCCUCCCUCCUCUUGGUGUCUUUCUCAAAUUUGGAUGCCAAGUUGAGUUUUGGAUCUGCUUGGUCCUAACUUUCUUUGGUUACAUCCCUGGCAUUAUUUAUGCUGUUUAUGCCAUCACCAAGUGAUCACCGAAUUCAAAGGAUUGAUGGAAGGAAUUAUUGGAACUCAUCAUCAUGGUCUCUCCUCACCGACACUCUCCCUUCCUUUUUCUAUUUUCCUUUUUGCUAAUUUCUCUUGAUCUCUGUUUUGUGUGUUUGCUUGUGUGAUAAUCAUCCCAUCCAUCAAAGACAUCUACACAAUUGCUGCUUCUUUUUUUUUUUUUUUUUGUAAUUUGUAAUUUGAAUUAUUUGUGGGGGUAAUUUAAUUGUGUGUCGUUCUUGUUGUAUUGAUUGAAUUGGUUGCUGUAAAGAAGAAAAAGCAAAAAAAAAAAAAAAAAGGAUAAGGACAAAGUAAGUUUGUUGAAGAA